AGAUGGCGUUGUCUUCGUUCUGCAUUUCCUAUUAAAGAAAUAUUAAUAUUGAAGAUUUUUAGCUUUGGAAGAAAUUCUACCUCGUCAUGAGUAAACUUGUAAUUCUUUACUGCUUUGUAGUUCUGAAGUUAAUAAAUGCUUUUCCAAACCCAACUGAGACUUAUUCAUAUGGAACUGUACUAAGAGAUCCUGAUAUAUAUAGGGUAUUCUGGAAGGAGGAUGGUCAUUCCAUUACGUUUGAGCUUCAUGUAAAAAACAAAGGUGGAUGGGUAGGCUUUGGAAUUUCUCCAAAUGGAGGAAUGAAAGGUAGCGAUAUAUUUACUGCAAAACUUGUAAAUGGUCAAUUAACUUUCGAGGAUCGCCAUGCCGUCGCAAAGUCAAAACCAAUUAAAGAUAAAUUACAAGACUGGGAAGUUAUUGUUGCGAAGGAGGUCGGUGAUCAUGUCAUAUAUAAGAUAAAGAGAAAGCUACAAACUUGUGAUCCAGAAGAGGACAGGGAAAUAAAGCCCGGAACUGUGCGUUUAAUAUGGGCGUAUGGUUCAAUAACUUCUGGAACAGAUUACUUAACCCAACAUAGCGAUUCAACAAAGAGAGGAACUAGGAGCGUUCAACUUAUAGCAGGUGAAAUUCCCGAGAAGAAACUACCAGAUGGACUUAAAACUAUAGAUAUUAAAGUGAACAAUUUUACUCUACCGAAGAAUAGAGAUACCUUUUAUCGAUGUGAAAUAGUGAAACUGCCAAAACUUCCUGGCAAGCGUCACAUAGUUGCUUUCGAACCUAUAUUCGAUACGAAACAUCCGGAAAUUCUACAUCAUAUAUUCCUUUUUGGGUGCAAUAAUUAUCUAAAUAUAAACGACAGUCAUACCGGAAGUGACUAUGAAUGCUAUACAGAUCAGACUAAUAUGGGUACUUCGAGGGAUCGUUGUAACAUAGUUAUGCUGGCUUGGGGUGUAGGUGGACAGAGAUACGUAGUACCUGAUGAAGUUGGUUUUCCAAUUGGAAGAGAUGAAGACCCCUCUUACAUUAGAUUCGAAAUGCACUACGAUAAUCCAGGACUCAAGGAAAAUAUAGUCGACAAUUCUGGAUUUCGUUUAUUUUAUACUGACAAACUACGCAAAUACGAUACAAGCGUUUUGGAAGUUGGACAUAAAGUUACCCGGUUCCAAAUCGUUCCACCGAACGUUCAAGAUUUUGUUACCUUUGGAAAGUGUCCAUCCGAAUGUUUGGAGGAGGUCUUUGACAAAGCCGGUCUAGAAGAAGUUACAGUAUUCGCCUCUAUCCUUCACGCUCAUAUUAAAGGUGUUAAAAUAAAGCUAAAGAUAUUUAGAGGUGAUAAGGAAUUAGAGCCACUGAUGGAAGAAUCAACAUACGAUUUCAAUUAUCAAGAUAUAAUAAACCUACCAAAAUUAAGAAAAAUACGAAAAGGAGAUCGUUUAACAGUAGAGUGUACAUAUGAUACUUUGGGAGAAAAUCAGGCCGUACUUGGUGGCCAAUCGACAAGACAAGAGAUGUGCUUAGCUUUUAUUAGCUACUAUCCCGCUCUACCAAUAUCUAAAUGCGUCAGUGAGCCUAUACGUGCUAAAACUGCUCCAAUAUAUCAAAGUAUUAAGGGAGGAACUAUUGAUUGGACAAGAAAUAAUCAAAUAGAAAUUCAACGAGAAAUAGCGAACAGUGAAGAAGUUCAAGUUUAUUGUGACAAUGGACAGAUUCGCUAUAAGGUUGAUGAUACAAAGAUAACAGUAUCCAAUAACUAUGUACCCUACACUAAACCUAAUCUUUGCGAUGGAUUUCCAAUGCCUUCUGAAAAAUACCCUUUCAGUGAAAUCCUUAAAGAACCUAAUGUAUACAAAGUCUAUUGGAAAGUCGUAAAAGAAAUGAUUACGUUUGAAAUUCAAGUGAAAACUAAAGGAUGGGUUGGUUUUGGAAUCUCUCCAAAUGGAAAUAUGAAGGGUAGCGACGUUAUUAUGGCAUGGAUGGCAAAUGGCAAAUUUCACUUACAGGAUCGUCACGCAGUUGCAAAAAGUGAGCCUGUAUUAGAUAAGAAACAAGACUGGAAACUUAUUUGGGGUAAAACCUAUCAUGAAUUUUCAAUAUACAAAUUUGAAAGAAAGUUGAAAACCUGUGACGAGGAAGAUAUUGAUAUUGGUACUGGUACGACUAGGCUUAUUUGGUCGUACAGUACAGCCCUUAUGGGCGAAGGAGACAAUUUUGUCGGCCAUGCAACAACCAAUCGUGGAACUAAAAGUGUUCUACUGUUAAACACUAAAUCUGAAAAGAGUGAUGAAAUGAAACUAGCGGAUAGUGAACCUAUUGAUUUCAGAAUAGGAAACUUCUCUUUACCAUCGGACGUUAGCACUUAUUAUAGAUGCGAAAUGUUUAAACUUCCCGAUUUAACAAAGAAACAUCAUAUCAUUGCGGCUGAACCAAUAAUCGAUACCCGCCACCCCUCCCUACUUCAUCAUAUUUUCAUUUAUGGUUGUGGUCAUGAUCAUGAAAUCAAGGACGAACACGUUGGUCAAGGGUAUCGAUGUGGUAGUGAUGAAAUAAAUAUGGCUGGUCAGUUUGAUCAAUGUAAUAUUGUAUUUUUCGCUUGGGCAGUUGGUGGCAGUAGGUUCUUCUUCCCCGAUGAUGUUGGACUACCAAUAGGUUCUAGUGGUGAUUCAAAAUAUUUUAGAAUGGAAGUGCACUACGACAAUCCAAGUUUUCAAGAGAAUGUUACCGAUACUUCUGGCAUACGCUUCUGGAUAACUGAUAAAGUGAGAAAGAAUGAUCUUAGAAUUAUGGAAGUUGGACACGACGUUACACCUAAACAAAUUAUUCCACCAAGAAGCUCAAAUUUCCUUACUGUCGGAUCAUGCCCUGAACAGUGUUUAAGCAAGGCAUUUGAGGCAUCCGGAAGAGAAGAGGUUACUAUUUUCUUAGCCUUACUACAUGCUCAUUUAAAGGGUGUUAGAAUGAAAUUAAGACACUUUAGAGAUGGUGUUGAAUUGGAACCAAUCAAUUAUGAAAAAAGCUACGAUUUCAAUUUCCAAGAAUACAGUUUACUACCAAAGUUUAGAACAUUAAAAAAGAAUGAUAGAUUAGUUGCUGAAUGUACAUAUGACUCAUCAAACGACGAUAAACCCACUUUUGGAGGCCUCGCAACGGAAAAUGAAAUGUGUUUAGCGUACGUUGCACAUUAUCCACCUAUUCAGCUAUCAAGAUGCCAUACCCAACCUGCCAACUUAAAAUAUUCCAUACGUCAGAAGGAUAGCAUUGAUUGGUUGGAUGAAAAAGUUAAAGCAGAUCUACAAAAAUCGGCUAAAUCUAGAGAUGUUGACAUAACUUGUUCUAAUGGCAAAGUCUACUACUUAUCAAAGGACCAAAGCAGAAAUGUAACACUUGAACCAUAUAAGAAAGAAUAUAAAGCUCCAAAUCUAUGCGACAAAAAGGAACCAGGUCCGAAUGAUUCGUCAAGAGCUUUUGUUAACUCUUUUCUAUUUUCCAUUUUAUGUAUUUUCUAUACUGUUAAACUCUCGAUGAAUUAUUAGAUAUCUUUCUCUUAUAAACGUUACUUUUAUAUCAAUUUUAGAUGAGUUUCUUUUUUUUCACUAAAGGAACGAGGGCGCCAUCUUACUGUUGGCGCUUUUAUUUUUAUUAUCCCUAACAAAACUUUUAUAUAUAUAUAAAAUAGUUAAUAUGCAUUCAGGGGGUUUUUUUUGGAGUCGUGUCAUGGACGGGUCAUCAAAUAUAUUGUAUAGUUUCUGUUUGCUUGUUUGUUUCCUUCUUUCUCUUCUAUUACUUCCGUUAACUAUUCAAAUUUUUGCUGUAGUAAAAGAUUGUAAAAUAAAGAUAAGAAAUACAAGUUUUACAUUAUUUU